AUGGAUGUAGGUGUGGCUCAUAGCGGAACGGUGCUCAAGAUUGGAUUUCUGAAUAGUAGGGUUGAUGAUCUCCUGGAAUCCUAUCUGGAUGGCUUCGAUAUAGUGCUUGUUGAGGAUCAAACAAUGGAUGUUCCAGAUCUCAUUCUACAGGCUUUACUAGAAAAUUCGAAAAAUUCGAUCGAAUAG